AUGAUAUUUUUGCUGAUUCUCUUGUUUCUAUUUCCAAUUGUUCAAACUAGUCCAAUAUGUCAACUUGAGAAACUUCUUGUUUGUGCAAUUGUGAGUGAAUAUUUCUAGAUAGCUAACAAAAAAUUACAUAUAUCUAUAUUUUUCCCAGAAUCUUCAACCACUCGUCAACAAUAAACCGGAAAAAAACGAGGAUCUUGACGCUGAAGGAAUCAGACUUGGAAAAAUGUGCGAUGAACUCGAAAAAUGUUCCGACGUGUUUCUUGGCUGCGCAAAAUCGGUGAAAGGCGACAAAGAUUUGCAGAAAUUCUCCAGUAUGAUGGAACGUUUCCCAUCGCAUUGUGAUAUUGUUCGACUUUUGGGGAAUGAGGAAUUCAAACCGUGUGCCAAAAAAAUCCAGGAAUCGGCAUUAAAGAAAUGUACUGAUGAGGUAAGUUAAUUUAUUUUUUCAGAAAAGUGUUCUGAAAUUCAGCAAUCAAUUCAAAAAAUACUUUUUUUCUUGGAAAAAUUUUCAAUUUAAAUAAUUUUUGGCGAUAGCUUCGCUACCGCCCGCAAGCGAUAAACACACAAGACACGCGAAUAUAUAAAUUUCUUGUGUGACCGACGGUUGACGGGUUGCGCGCGCCGCCGCUGUUUGUGUGCAAAAGGGGCGGGGCUUAAUUGAGUGAUCGCGUUUUUUUCGCUCAAAAUCCGAGUUUUCAAGUGAAAUUUGAUGAAAAUUCUGCUUUUAAAAAAUAAAAAAAUAUUUUCCAGCCUCCAAAAAACUGCAAAGAAUGGACAUCUUUCGGUGAAUGCGCCGAGAAAACAGUUAGCGGACAGUGCAAUGCUCAAAACGUCGAAACUGUCAAAAACCUUUUCAAAAAACACAAAGGCACUUAUUGCAAAUAA